GGAGUAUGUAGUCAAGCUAGCAGCCGGCCGGGGACGAUGACGCUACUAGUAGUAGGGCCGCAGCAGGGUGAUGAUGAGCUCCAGGCUCAGCUCCGCGACCUGAUGCUCUUCUUCAUGCCAUCUCCGACGACGACGAAGGUGGAUGAUGAUCAGUCGUCGUCCGGCGGCGGCACUGAAGGCGGACAGCAGCCUCCAGCGUCGUCGUCGUCGUCAUGCUGCGAUGGGAGACGGCGGCGCCCGCGGGGGAGCAAGAGAGGCCGGCCUCAAGACGACGACAGCAAGUCGUACAAUGGCGGCGAACAACACCUGGAGCCUCCUCGUCAUAAAUCCUGCAAAACAAGCUGCAGCAGGAAGCAGCAGAAUAAGCAACGGCGGCAGAAGAUGAGCGGCGGCACGUCGUCUCUCGUGACAUCCGUGCCCGAUUUCGAUGGGUACCAAUGGAGGAAGUACGGCCAGAAGCAAAUAGAAGGUGCCAUCUACGCUAGGAGUUACUACAGGUGCACCCGGAGCGCGGAGCAAGGCUGCCCGGCCAAACGGACGGUGCAGCGCAACGACGACGACGGCGGAGCUGCGGCCCCAAAGUACACGGUGGUGUACAUGGGGGAGCACACCUGCACGCCCAACGACGAUUCCAUGGAGGCGCCGCCGAUCAUCCUCGAGACCACCACCGUCGUCCCUGCAGUUAUUAAGAGCACCAAUAACAGGAGAACCCCUCAAGAUCAUCAUCAUGACGGCACCAUUACUGUUACUAGUGUCGCCGCCCCAACAUCAUCAUCAGGCGGCUCUUAUUGUUCUAGCAGCACCAGCACCAAUAACACCGUUACCGCCGGGAUUGAUGACUCUCCGGCGAUCUCGGACGACAUCACCUACUGGAGCAGGUUGUUCGGCGUCCAUGACAGCUGGGCCCCAGCAACGGCUGCUGCGUUGCAGGAGAUGGAAGAAGAUUAUUUCACCGGACCAAUCCGGUCACCGGUGCACAUCGCCGCAGCGGAUGCUUGUUGGACGAUUGAGGACCAUCACUUGCUGCUGCAGCAGCUAGCUAGUAAUGAUCAGCAUCCUACUGUUUCCCAUUUCUCUUUCUAGCUAGCUAGGUACUCCUCUGUUCCAAAAUGUAGAUCUUUUUGACAUUUCUAAAUUCAUAUAUAUUGUUAUAUAUCUAGACAUAUGAUAUAUCUAGGUGCUUAGCAAAUAUUAUGAAUCUAGAAAAGCCAAAACGACCUACAUUUUGGAACGGAGGGAGUAGGUAUUAUGCGGUGGUGAAGGGCGAUCCUUGUACUGCUGUAUGUACUUACAUGGAUGCAUGCUUGCUUGAGUUAGUUGCUUAUUUGUUUUCUUUCUCAAAAAAAAUUCAAAUUAGGCUAA